GAAAGUUGAAUUUGUGGGCUUUUCUACUUCCUCGGAGCUGCUUAAAAUAUGCGUAAAUAUUACGAUUGGGUAGUCGAUUUUAAUUUUUGGGAAUAUCAAGAAAUCAACUUUUAAGAAAUGGAGUCAUUGACCCCAGAUUUAGAAGACUUUGAAAACUCCGGAGGAGCCUCGUCUCUGAGUUCUUCUUUGAUCUCUUCAACUGGUUUUUGUAUUAUUAUUCAUAGAGCUUUGGUUUUUUCUUCACUUUCAAUCUCUGAUUCAAGGUUUGUGGAAAAAAAGACAAGUACCCAGAUCAAUUUUUCAGCCGAGUUCAUAGCGGUUAAGAAUCUCCCUUGUGAGAAUCUGAGCAAAAACUUCUGUGCCAACUAACCGCAUUCGAAUUCUCGGGUGGGAUUUUUUUAAUUUCUUUUAUUGGGAAAUCCAAUUUUUUUGUGAUUGAUUGAAGACGUAAGUCAAUAUGGCCGGAGUGGGAGAUCAAUUGGAGAUCAAGUUUCGAUUGAAUGAUGGAUCUGAUAUUGGCCCCAAAACUUUCCCUGCUGCCACAAGCAUAGCAACCUUGAAAGAAAGCAUUCUUGCACAAUGGCCAAGAGAAAAGGAGAAUGGUCCAAGAACAGUUAAGGAUGUCAAGUUAAUAAGUGCAGGAAAAAUCUUAGAGAAUAACAGAACACUUAAUGAUUGCAGAAGCCCAUUAUAUGACAUUCCUGGCAGUGUGACAACCAUGCAUGUUGUUAUCCAACCACCAAGUUUGGAGAAAGAAAAGAAAGCUGGAGACCAAGCAACACAAAACAAGUGUGUUUGUGUUAUACUAUAAACGGAACUCGUGGAAGUUCUCGACGCCAUUUUUGAGUGCAUAAAGAUAGCAAAUUUUCCUUUUAAAAGUUCUGAUGCCAAUAACAGCUUGGAAUCAGUUGAAGAAGCUUAUUCUGGAGCUUGUGUUAUUGUUUUCAUAGUAAAAGAAAAAGAAAAAGAAACAGACAGAGGUAGCGAAGAUGGCGAAGACGAUGGGAUAUUUAUCGACACAAGCUAGUCGUAGAUGAGAUCCAUGGCAGUUGAAUGUCUGGUGAUCUAUUAUGAAAGGAUGUUGCCUUUUCAACAUCCAUUGUUAGCUUCAUUUGUUGUUUAGAUUGAUUUUGUGCAACUCUUCUGCUAUCUCAUAUGUUUGUGGUUAAAGCUUUAUAUACUUGAAAGUUGCAGUUAGCCUUUUACCUUUUUUUAAUUCUUCAAACUGUAUUACCAUUUGGGCUCAGGCCCAACUUCAUGAUACUUUUCCCCCUCUUCCCAAACAA